AUGAAUAGAGGUGACUUCAUUUCUCUAUUGUCACUUCUUUCAAAGCAUGAUCCUGAGUACUCGAAAGUUGUUUUAAAAAAUGCUCCAGGCAAUUGUCAACUGACUUCUUCUCCAAUCCAAAAAGAUAUCAUCAAUGCUUGUGCAAAAGAAACAACUAAGACAAUUCUUGAAGAGCUUGGUGAUGGAUUUUUUUCCAUCCUUGUCGAUGAGUCAGCAGAUGUUACCGAAAAAGAACAAACGGCUGUUUGUUUGAGAUAUGUUAACAAAAUGGGAGAGGUAUGUGAACGAUUUCUUUGUGUUGUGCAUGUUCCUAACACCACUUCUUUGACCUUAAAAAAUGCUAUUGAGUCUAUAAUUAUGGAGCACUCUUUAACUUUCUCUCGAGUACGAGGUCAAGGUUAUGAUGGUGCUAGUAAUAUGCAAGGUUCAAUUAAUGGCAUCAAAACUUUGAUAUUGAAUGAAUGCAAACAGGCUUACUUUGUGCAUUGUUUUGCACAUCAACUUCAAUUGACACAAGUUGCACUUGCUAAAAAGAAUUCGGAUUGUGGGUGGCUUUUUGUUAAUGUACUUGCACCUCUUUUGAAUUUUGUUGGAGGAACAGGAUUAAAUCAAGAACAAGAAGUGUGUGAUACACUUGAUUCAAAUAAAGCACAAGCUAUUACACACUUGUUGAUGUCAUUUAAUUUUGUGUUUGUGGCACACUUGAUGGUUGAUAUAUUUGCGAUUAAAAAGGAGUUGAAUAAGGCCUUGCAAAAACAUGAUCAAGACAUUGUGAAUGCAGUGGCCAUGGUUGAUGUAACCAAGGCUAAUUUACAAGAAUUGAGAGAUGAAGGAUUUGAUUUGCUGUCACUUCUUUUAUGGCUAAACAUGAACUUGAGAUUCCAAACAUGGAGGCUAAAUAUGUUGUUCCGGGGGAAGGAUGUUUAG